UCUCUAGAAUUUACUCAGAAUGGUGCCAAAAAACAAAAAAACAUCAAGUGAGCGGCAGUUCUGUGAUUGGAAAUGCCUUGUUGAUGAGAGAGGUCAACAGAGAAUGGCCAGAGUGGUUCGAACUGAAGAAGUCUACGCUCCCUGAGGCCUCUACAAAUAUGAAUGACAGCUUAAGGUGACCCAUGCCGCCCCUUCCCUUAUGGACCAUGAACAUCCCAAACCAUCACCCUGGAUUAUACCCAGUCCACGGUCCUCCACCCCACCGAUUACACACAGGAACUUCUUUUACAAGAGAAACCAUGUAACACAUGAGUUAAAGUCAGGUCCAGACGGUGGGGUAACUCAAGAGGAGGGCUGUCCUGUAUGUGGUGACAGGGUGUCAGGAUAUCACUAUGGCCUGCUCACCUGUGAGAGCUGUAAGGGCUUUUUUAAGCGUUCCGUGCAGAACAACAAAUGCUACACGUGUGCGGAGAGACAGAGCUGUCCCAUGGACCCGGCCCAGAGGAAGCGAUGCCCUUACUGUCGCUUUCAGAAAUGUCUAGCUGUGGGCAUGAAGAGAGAGGCUGUACGUGCAGACAGAAUGAGAGGUGGACGAAACAAGUUUGGACCUCUAUAUCGGCGAGACAGGCAACAGAAACAGCAAAGAGGCACCUAUCAUCACCAAGCGAACACUGCCCCAUACAGGAUCAAACUUGAGGCACCACAAGCUUCGUUACCUGCAAUGUCUCAUGAUUUUCAUGUCCCCAACCCAUCCCCUGCUCCUCCUGGAUGUGACCAUUACCACCCACCUCAGCCCUUUUCUCCCAAUAUGAGCCAAUCAGAGUUCCCCAUGCUGUUGGACUGCACCAUGCCCAGAGACCAGACACUGCCUGAUACAUCCCUUCCUUUUCACACACCGUACUAUCCAGGCUUCCAUAUAUACCCUCAUGAAAAAAGAGAGAUCCCGCUUAACUAUAGCCCUGCUUCUGUAAUGUCCCCUGCUCCGAUCUCGCGUGUUCUUUCCACACCUACACCAACACCCACCACUAGACUGACACCAACCUCGACUCCAAGGUCAACACCAACUCCAAUACAGAGCUUGACGCUCACCUCAACUUCGACCGCAACCCCAAGUUUAUGUUUCCUGAGCCAGCUCCUGCAAGCUGAGCCAGAUGAGAAGCAGUUCUGCAUGCGGGUGUUAGCAAGCCUCCAAAGAGAACAGGCCUGCAGAGGAAAACACGAUCGCCUCAACACCUUCAGCAUCAUGUGCAAAAUGGCCGACCAGACCUUGUUUGGAUUAGUGGAGUGGGCCCGCAACAGCACGCUGUUUAAGGAACUUAAGGUGGAGGAUCAAAUGGUGCUCCUGCAGAGCUGCUGGAGUGAACUACUUGUCCUGGAUCACCUUUGCAGGCAGGUAGCUAAAGGGAAAGAUGGGAGCAUUUGUCUGAUUACUGGACAACAGAUUGAGGUAUCAACCAUUGUCAGUCAGGCUGGAGUAAUGCUCAGUAGUUUGGUGUCCAGAGCCCAGGACCUUGUAUCCAAGCUGAGGUCACUUCAGUUGGACAGAGAGGAGUUUGUGUGUCUCAAAAAUCUGGUUCUCUUCAACCCAGAUGUAAAAUCAGUACAGGAUCACAGGUAGGUAGAACAGACUCAAGAGCGUGUGAACAGAGCUCUGAUGGACCACACUAUGCAGACACACCCAGGUCACUCGGACAAGUUUGGGCAGCUGCUGCUCCGUCUGCCCGAGGUGCGCAGCAUCAGUCUGCAGGUGGAGGAGUACCUUUAUCAGCGCCACCUUCUGGGAGAUUUACCUUGUAACUCACUUCUGACUGAGAUGCUGCAUGCCAAGCACACCUAAGACUCAACCAUAGCAAAGUCUGUCUUCUCAAAUGCUUUUGUAAACCUAUGUUCAAUACCUGUAUCUGGACACUGGAUUUGUGUUACAAAAAUGUUUAUAGUAUAUGAACACAACUUCCAUUUUCAUCUUCAGGCAAGUUGAAAUUCCAGUUUUUCACUAGCUGGCACUACCUGACAGUCUAAACAAUAGGAACAAUGGCUACUUUCAGGUAUUUUUGUGUAUGCCAUGUGAAAGGCACACCCAGACAUCUCUAUGCAGAAAUGUUUUUAACUGUUCACUCCCAGUCCAUUUGCAGAAAUCACAUCUGGUCCUAAAAUAAUAUACAAGUGUUCAAACACUGCCAAUUAUAAAGAGCUUGUCUACAUCCCUAAAGAACAGACACAUAUUCUCAUAACAUAUUUUGCUGCAUUGUAAUCAAUAUAGUUUACAGAGGGUUUCAAAUUAAAGUGUCAGUAGGUAUCUGUAUGAGUCAGAUUGUAUGUUUCCUGCAUCUAGAAUGCAGCAAUAGAAAUGUCUCAAAGCAUGUCAAGGACAAGUCCAGGCCAUAUUUCACCCUAAAAUCUAAAGGAGGAAAAAAUUGCUAGAAAAUUAAGCGUUUUUUGUUAAUUUGUGAAAAUGUCCUUAAUUGUCACAAAAAUAUCACAGUUCAACAAAAACUAAUUUUAUGGUCCUAUAUAUAUUUGCAAUCAAAAUUAUUCAACCCCCCUGACCAAUACAUUCUGGUGAUGUGAAUUAAAACACAACUAAACCUCAGUAAACAGUCAAAAUAAGUUUUUAAUACACAUUUGAGUGAUUUUGAGAACAAAGAGUUCAGUUUACCCAAAUUUUAAAAUAAAAAAUAACUAAUUCUCUCCACAAAUGUCAUGUCAAAAAUAUUCAACCCCCAAAGUCAAUCAUUUGUGGAGCAUCCUUUAUCCUUAAUAACAGCAAAUAAAUGUUUCAGGUAAGUAUUCUCAGGCUUCGGACACCUCUCUAUUAGAAUUUUUACACAUUUCUCAUGAGCAAAAGCUUCCAGCUCAUUGACAUUCUUUGGUUUCUGUGCUGCCACUGCUUCCUUGAAAUCCCAACAAAGGUUUGCAAUGGGAUUUUAAUGAUGGACUGAAAGGGCCAUUUAAGGACAUUCCACGACCUAUCCCUGAACCAGAUUUUGGACAACCUGGAUGUAUCCUUGGUGUUAUUGUCUUGCUGGAAAGUCCAGUGAUCACAAGCUUCAAUUUACACACUGAAGGCAUCACAUUUUUCAUGCCAAAAUGGCCUGAUACCUGAAAGAAUCCAAGGUGUCAGUCACAUAGUCAGGAUAGCCGUUUCCUGCAGCCACAAAACACACCCAUAACAGGACUGACCCAUCUCCAUGCUUGACUGUGGGGAUGGUGUCGUUCUUGUCAUCACCUUGUCAUCUUACUCCAGACGUACUGCUGACCCAUGGGUCUAAAACUCAUUUUCAGUUUAGUGUCAUACGUCUAUAAAACCUUCUUCCAGGACUCCACAGGUCUUUCCUAAUUACUUCUUGAAUAUUCAAGUCAACAUUUCCCUUGGUGAAGUUUUGCUUUCUUCCACACCCAAGAAGGUUGCUGUUGUACCAUAUUUUAAAAAUGUAUGAAUGGUGCUGCCAACUUUGUCUAUUGGAAAUUGAAGUGCCUUGGAAAUGUACUUUUAGCCAUGACCUUUCUUGUGUAAUGAAAUAAUCUCCUCUAUUAGCCUUUGAGACAGCUUAUUUUUAAUUGCAUUUUUUGCAUAGAAAUCCAUUUUUGCUUACAACUCUAAACUUAAAUUUUAAAACUUAAGUGCCAUUCCAGAUUGAUGACUUGAUUUUGUUUUAAAACAAUUACUUGUGUAGCCUUACAUAUUUAAGAAACAGCUACAUGCAAUAGGGGUUGAAUAAUUAUUAAAAAAUCCUGCUAUUUAGAAAUAUUAGGUUAUAUAUUCACACUAUGACUUUGAAUGUGUCACUCAAGUGAUAUAGAUGUAAUGUUUAAAAAUUCUGGGUCACCAGAAAAGCUUACCUUUGUAAAUCCUUACUGUCUUGGGGGGGUUGAAUAAUUUCGAUUGCAACUGUAUAUAUGUAUAUAUAUAUACACACACACACAUACAGUACUGUGCAAAAGUUUUAGGCACUUGUGAAAAAUGUUGCAUAGUGAGGAUGUCUUCAAAAAUAAUGACAUAAAUAGUUUUCAUUUAUCACUUAAUGUCAUACAAAGUCCAGUAAACAUAAAAAAAAAAAGCUAAAUCAAUAUUUUGCCUUCAAAUCAGCACCAAUUCUCUUAGGUACACCUGGACACAGAUUUUCUUGGUUUUGGCAGAUAGGAUGUUCCAAGCUUCUUGGAGAAUUCACCACAGUUCUUCUAUCUAUUUAGACUGUCUCAGUUUCUUCUGUCUCUUUAUGUAAUCUCAGACUGACAUGAUGUUCAGUGGGAGCUUUGUGGGGGCCAUGACAUCUGUUGUAGGGCUCCCUGUUCUUCUGUUCUAAUCUUUUCUAUAUGCAAAAGUAAUGUUUGAGAGUCUAACAUGUAUAUAUCCUAUUGACACACUAAAGCUGAAGAUAUAAAUAACCAUCUUAAGACAAAUGUUUCUGUGAAACAUCUUAUGUGCAUAAGACUUUUGCACAGAACUGUGUGUGUGUAUAUAUAUAUAUAUACACACACACAGGUGCAUCUCAAUAAAUUAGAAUGUCGUGGAAAAGUUCAUUUAUUUCAGU